AGAAUAACGUGAGGCGUCAUUGUUCUUGGAAUCGUACAAAAGAGCCUCUGGGCCGGUCAGAUUUGGGGUAUUUUCGCUGUGGUAACGUUGGAUUUCUUCUUGUUUCAUCUUUCUUUCUUCACUUUGUGUGUGUUCGAUCAUCCUCGGGGCCCUCUGCUGUAGAAACAUACCUCACGUACAACCCGACAUCGCCCGGCAGAGCAAAACCACUUCGGCAGUUUACUACAUGGGUCAAAGCUAUCACGACCUGGCGACGCGUGCCUUGGCCUGCUACCAGGAACUACCAGAUCCAGAUGCAUCCAGGAAACAAGACAAACGACUUCUCAUAGCCAUCGGUGGCCCACCAGGAUCAGGCAAAGGACGAAUCGCCUCCAAAGUCGCCAAACUUGUCAACCAAAGCGGUGUCUCAUGCUCCGUAAUAUCAAUAGACGGAUGUUCUCAAGCUUCACACAACGACACCAGCAGUAUAUUACCGAAAAGCCCUGGAUGGACAUUCAAGGGAGCGGCAGCUGUGGAUGUCGUCCAGCAAAUACAAAAACAAACCACCGAGGCCAACGACAUCAAAUCACCAUUCGCGCUACAUGUGGAGGAUGUCGACAGUCAUGCAUUGAACGUCGCAGGUGACGCCUCUAUAGUCAUCUUCGAAGGUCUCUAUCUACUCUGCGAAGAUCUACCCUGGGCGAGGAUAUCAAGCAUGGUCAACGAGCGAUGGUUUGUGGAGAUCGAUCCGGAUGUGGGCAGGCAACGGGUCAUCAAGCGAUUUCUGGAUACUGGGUUCGAGACGGACUACGAGGCCGCUUGUACGAGGUACGAUGAGAAUGAUGUCUUCAACGCCGAGUUUAUCAAUCGGACGAGCAAGGCGAGAGAUGUGACGAUCAAGAGCAUAGAUCGAAGGGGCUCUACAGGAUCAAGCUAUUAAUGUUAAUAUCGAUGUCGGGUCGCUUGAUAGAUCGAGCUUGCUUGGAUCAAGGAAACUACAUAAUGGGAUAUAUGAUUAGUUCAUGAACAACGACAGUGCAUACCUAUCUUCCGG